CUUACGCUCCUCCUUUGUGGGAUGGUUCUUGAACCACCUAUCAGCUGCAUACAACUACAAGCCUGCGUCCUCUUGACCAUUGAAUCUUGGGAACUCAAUGGUUAGAGCCCUAAGUGUGCUAACUAGCAAAAAAGAUUGCAACCCCCAACCUAACAGCAGUUAGAGGAAGGAAGAGUUCCAUUAGGACCUUCAUGAACCCAAGCAUCACCAACCUUCAUCACAACUCCAUUACAAACCUUGAACACCCAAGUAAAAAGUAAUUGCCGUUGGUUGUCAUUUCCCUUGUCAAAUGAUGUUGAUUUUGUCCAAGACAUGCUAUAACUCGCAUACAACACAACAACCACAUGGUCACCUAACUCGCAUUACAAACCAAAUGAUGUUGAUUUCCCUUGUCACCAAAUUCUCUAUAUCUUGCAUUGAAACUACUAGAACUCUAACUCGAACAAUCACAUACAACACAACAACCACAUGGUCACCUAUCUCCUUGAUUGUAAGAUCCUUGUAAGAUUCUUUGAUUUUGGGACAAGCAGACCAUCUAGUAAACUUCACUCGUGGCCACCAGUACCCAUUAUCUUCCCAACAAACACAAUCCAAGUCAUAAGGAAACGAACCCUUACAGUAAUCCAUAAAACCUAAGUCAGAUAUAAUAAAAACUACUGCUACAAGAACAAAAUCAAGGUCUUUAUCUACCAUAUUGAGUAUGAAGCUCUAUCCUCCCAUACUUUGUGUUGGUUAAUUGCAACACAUUAAUCUAGGCCAUAAAUGCUAUUGGUUCCCUCAACCCAAUGAGACUCCACCCAUGGGAUGUCUGUGGGUAACAUGCCACCCAAAUUCCUUUGCAGAUAUCCAAUAGAAGCUAGAGUAGAAGGCAAUAUAAGUAAUGGUACGUGACAUAAAGCUAAGUGCACUGGAAGAUGAACUUAUCCAUUAAAACCCAGACUACUAGAAGAAGCAUCAUGUUAACAAGUCCUUGUUAUUUCUCUUGCAUCCCAUGCGUACCCAAUAAUUUCCUCACCGGUGGCACCCAGGUCUAAAUCAUCAUGAUAAUUAUUGAAUUCAUCAUGUUAUCUGCAAUCUCAUGGUUCUGCUAGAUUUGACCAGCGGUAGGAAAAGGAACUGGUGAAGAAUUUCAAGAAGACUCUCAUAUUCCUGCUUGAACUUGCAGUGAAAGGCUACUAUACUAGAAGUAAUAGAAUCAUGUUCUCUCUUGCUCUUGUCUGUACUCUCCUCAUCUACAUCUGCUUCGAUACUUAAGCUUCCAGCGAGGUAGAAAUCUUCUUCAUUGAGAUCCAAAGCCCAUCAUGCUCACUACUAGUCUCUUCAAGAUCCUUGACACUGGAUGCAACAACAAUUAGGUUGGCUUUGAUGUGCUCCAACCCGCUAUCACUGACGAUCUUCUCGCUAGAUGGUACUAAUUCCCUUUGCAACAAACUCAGUAUUCUUUGCUGAGACUAUAACAAGAUCAGCUAAUACAUGACUAUCUACACUCCCCAAUUUUUGACUCUUGACUCUGAGUCUCUGCAUCUGAACCACUUCCUAAAUCCUCCAUCUGACCCACCCUAAUUUUUUUUAAAAGGAACGGAAGAACAAUCAGAACUAACCAAAGAAGAAGAAUAAUGGGACGUCGAUGAACCUAGGAAACCAUCAACAGUGUACCAUCCAAAACGUUUGCAUACAGCAUCAGCAAACUCACUCCAAACCCAAAUUGCAUGAAAAAAGUCCACCCCCAAACCAUAAUUUGCCCUUCGCCCAAAAUUAACGGUAGCAACCCUAACCUUGUCAUGUUAUGGAGUAUCAUAUUUCUUAAACAAUCACUCACACUUCUUAAUCUAGCUCCUAGGAUUCUGACCAGAGAUGGAGGGAAAUUUGGUUUAGAAAAUGGAGUUGGUACAUUAUAUGACACUGGGGGUGGAACUCCCCCGCUCUCUGCCUUUGAAGGAGGCGAUGGAGUGUUGAAGGUGCCACAAUCACCAUGGUUGUUGAAUAAGGAGCUGAUUUGUCAGUUCUUGAUUGUUUGUGUGGCAGAGAGAAAACACAGUGAUUCUUCUCACAAGCUGCCGACGGUGGGGAAAGUUGAUAUUGAGGAGAACUCAACGACUUUACUUGUACAGUUCGUCAAACAGUUGGUGGUCGAUUUUCUUGAAUUAGAAGUGGAGUACUCCGGUCACCGCCUAACGCCGCCAACAAUGGGGCAACAAUUUGUCGACGAUACUACAACCAUGGGUGUUAGGUGUUGGAAGAGUCUUUAGAUACACCUGACCAAUGCAGAUUUGGUAGACAUAAGUCCGAGAAGUAGGCAAUUCCCAUUGUUUACCAUCGAAGUUGUUGAACGAUAUCAUGGAUCACAAAAACUUCAGCUCCAAAGUCGCUAGACAAGCUCGAAGCUUCGAGUCUGUAGCCGGAUUAUCAAUGACGGCUAACCGAUCUUCUAUCAUCCGCAUUGGUGGAACUAUGGCUCCCGGAGAAGGACUCUGAUGCCACUUGUAUAGAUUAAGAUCUGAGGAGGGAUCGAUUCCGACAAUUAUAGUUGAAAUUUGUUGAACUGAGAAGAGAAUUGGAGUAUAAGAAGAGAAAGAAAAGGAUUAAGGAAGAAUGAGGCAAAAAGGAGAAGAUGGGAAAGAACAGAGAAGGGAGGAAGAAAAUCAGGGCAAGAGAUUUUUUUGUUUUUUAUAUUCGAUAACUCUCUUUAUACAAUACAAAUUCUUAUAUAGAAAAAUCCAAUUACAAAUUGACCCCACAAAUCCACAACCACAACUAAACAUUUUAGACAAACUCAUCCUAAUCGUUACAGGAAACCAAGUGUUCCAUUAAUAUUAAUUAUUAUGCGUACUUGUUAUUAUGUGUACUUGUACUCUAUUCAUAUAGUACAAAUUCUUAUAUAGAACAACCCAAUUACAAAGUGACCCCACAAGUCCACAACUAAACAUUUUAGACAAACUCAUCCUAAUCGUUCCAGGAAACCAAGUGUUCCAUUAAUAUUAAUUAUUAUGUGUACUUGUUAUUAUGGUUAGUAACAUUUAACUUCUAUUAGGAGUACUAGGAUCAAUACCCACGGCUGCGCCGCGUGAACUAGAGUUAUACAAAAUAACCAUUUAGGGGAAAGUUAUCUAAAAACAAAUUUGCAGCAACAUAACUUCGAGUUUUACAUCUCCAAGUUUAACCUUAGGUUUCUUCACCUAUUCUUUCUUUGGUUGUCCUUCCAUAAGCAAUCUUUACCUUCCAGCUAACCCCCCUAGCAUGAAUAAUUGAAUCAACUCGUAAUGUUUCCUCUCCAUCUAAGUUUACCACCACCAAUUUUGUCCCCCUGCUAGUGUUGCUGACUUGCUACUCCUUCUAUUCGUUGUCAAAUGUGAAAGCGUCAUACGAUGAGGCUGUAAGCGAGACUGUUGCCUAUGCAAGGAAGAAUUUCACAUCAGCCCAACUUGAAUUGUAGAGGAAUAAACUAAUGAAUAUCCUAUUCCGGACAUCCAUAUUUUUCAGGUUACAAAACAUUACCAAACACUAAAACUUGAAAUUGUCUCUGAACUUAUGUCAUAACUACACAUCAGUUUCAAUGGGGGAAAUAUAUGAAAUCAUUUUUAUAUGAAUGAGCAAAACAUAUCUAUACCUCUUUUUUUUUCUUAUAAUGUUGAUGUGCCCUCUCAUGAACAUGGUAUCAAUCUCAUGACCACACUUACUACUACUAUUCGGUUGAUCUAUCAACUCAUAUCAAUCUAUACAAAGUUUUCUCUUCAUAAAAGCUCAUUCCUAUGAUGCACAUCAGCUUUAUCUCCUCCUAUUAUUUUCUUCAUUUACUCAUGAUCAACAUUUGUCUUUUCCAUAUAAAUCCACUGCAUUCUAUUUAUCCUCCAUCCUUCUUGAGAUCCUUGCAUGUUGUUAAAAUGAUUACUAACUCUUGGGUGGAAACGUGGUGUUAGGUUGUGCAUUUGAAAGGAUGUGAGUUGUGUGCAUUACUGAAUGUGUGUAUAUAUACACAUUUGACACCUUUAGAAUGAAGGUUUAGGGAAUCA